AUGAAGCACGUCGGUGGAACACGGCGAAGAGCAGGUCUCCGAGCCUGGGCAGUCAUCGUAGCAACUUCUUUGUUACUCCUGCUCGUUCUGAACCACCAGCGUGCUCAUGCACUCGAGGACGACGGCUUUGACGACGACGACGACAUCGACACCGAAGACCAGAUCGCACUGAACCUGCCACCCGAGGUGGAGCAAGCUCGAGCACUCGCUGACUCUUCCUUGCUGUGGGGCACCUAUCGUCCGCAGAUCUACUUUGGUUUACGACCUCGUCUACCCGAAUCCUUGCUCACCGGUCUCGCCUGGUUCAGCCUGCAAGAUUACUCUGGUUUUCAGCGCAUCCGUCAUCAGUGCAGCGAUCAAGAUGGUAUGAAGGGCUUCACAUGGAAGUUCCACGAUGGACGCGAAUUUGGUAUUCAGGAGAUCAACGACAACGAGAACAAUUACCGCCUCGAGACCAGCUUCCUCAAGGUCGACACGGCCAACAAGAAUGGAGGCAGCUGGGGCGCUCGCAUCUCGGGGACCAUCAUGGACCCCACAAAGCCCGCAUCGCUCACCACGUUCUGGUACACGGCCAUCGAGAGUCUCGCUAGCACGCUGGGUCUCGAAACCGACCUGGAGCAGGGCCAAGGCAUCGAGCGCGAUCAGAUCGUCCGUCUCUCUGGCUCAGUCCCUGGCCUCGGCGAAUUUGUUCUCCGUAUCGAAGAGCCGGACGCUGCUCACGGCAAUGCUAACAUCGACGGAAACCAAUUCAUCACUCACCCCGCCGGAUCCGCCAAUGCCGACGACUACGCUCAGACUGUUGGCAAGUCGCAUGUGUUUGGUAGGCGCGUCCCUGUUGACUCGGUGUGGAAGUCCAAAGAGGUCAUCCAAGGCGACCUCAUGAUUCGCUUGCAAGAAGCUGCGCAGACGUAUGGCAAGGAAAACAUGCCAGAUCCUGCCCUCACCCUCCAACUCUCCGAUCAGGUCGCACCGGACUCCACCAUCUUUGCCGUCCAGAAAUCCUUCACUGGCAACUUUACCUUUGACGUCUUUUACGACAGUGCCACGACUCCCAAGGGUGAGCGCCUCUCGUCGGCGGGUCUGACUCAAGCUCUCACAGCCUCUCGCCAGGCCUACGACGAGCGAUUCGAGCGUGCGCUCCGUCUCGGAUCCCAGAAUUACUCGGCGCAGCAGAUCGAGUUUGCACGUGACCUCACCUCGUCCAUCACAGGCGGCAUCGGUUUCUAUCACGGCUCGGCUAUCGUCGAUCGCUCCUUCCGCCACGAGUACGACUCCGAGACCGGCUCGGGCGUUUACGAUCCAGAAGUGCAUGGUCAGGCUAACCCGCAGCCCACCGAGCCGGAACAGCUCUUCACUGCAACGCCGUGCAGAAACAUCUUUCCACGCGGGUUUUACUGGGAUGAAGGGUUCCAUUUGGCCCACAUUGGCGCGUGGGACAACGACCUGAGCCUCGAUAUCUUGAGGAGUUGGGUCAGGCUGAUCGAUCAAGAUGGUUGGGUGGCUCGCGAGCAGAUCCUUGGCGACGAGGCUAGGUCUCGCGUGCCUGAAGGGUUCCAAACCCAGUACCCGCAAUAUGGCAAUCCGCCCACGCUCAUCUUAGCUGUCAGCGCAUACGUCGACCGUCUCGUGGGGCGCAUCGAAAAGGCGGGACUCACCGCCGCAACCCUUGGCAACCAGCAAGCCUUGGUCGACUUUGAAGCUCUCGACGAAGCGCCCAUCUCGGAAAAGAUGCUGGCCUCCACGGCACUGGGCCAAGCUUUCCUGGGCGAAAUCUAUCCGAAGCUGCGUCGCCACUAUCGCUGGUUCCGCCGUACGCAGCGCGGAGAGAUUCGCGAGUGGGAUCGCGAGGCGACUUCGAAGCACGAGGCGUACCGAUGGCGCGGUCGCACCAAGGAGCACGUCUUGACGAGUGGCCUCGACGAUUAUCCACGUGCUCCUGUUGCCCACACGGGCGAGCUGCACGUGGACCUGCACUCGUGGAUGGGUUUAUUCGCUGAUACCAUGGCCAAGAUCGCACGCGUACUCGACAAGGAAGAUGACGUCGAAGAAUACCAAGGCCAUCAUUCUGACAUUGUCGCUAAUCUGGACGACUUGCACUGGAGCGAAGAGAACAAGAUGUACUGUGAUGCCAGCGUCGACGAGCAUGAUCAGUCGUACCACGUCUGCCACGCCGGCUACGUCUCCCUGUUCCCUUUCAUGCUCGAACUGCUCCCGCCGGACUCGCCCAACCUGGGACACGUGCUGGACCUUCUUUCGGACCCGGAUCAGCUCUGGUCGCCCUACGGCAUUCGAUCGCUCAGCCCCAAAGAUGAGUUCUUUGGCCAGGGCGACAACUACUGGCGCGGGCCCAUCUGGGUUCACAUGAGCUACCUCAGCCUGCGUGCACUUCGCAACAGGUACGCCACCACGUCGGGCCCACAUCAGGCCAAGGCACAGGAGAUCUACCAAAAGCUCAGAGACAAUGUCGUUCAAAACACGUUCAACGAGUACGCCAGAACGGGCUAUGUGUUUGAACAGUACAACCCUACCGACGGACACGGGCAGAGAGGAUAUCCUUUCACAGGCUGGUCCAGCACAGUCGCCCUGAUGAUGGCCGAGAUCUUCCCAUGA